ACGGCGUCGGAGCCGUUUAGUGGGGAGGAGAGGCGGCAGCGGCAGCACAGCAAGAGGAUGGCGGACGGGAGGCGGUGCCGGCGGGUGGCGGCGCGGCUGGAGCUCCUCCGGCGGCUUCCCCUCUUGGGAAGCAGCGCCGGAGCGCAACAGCAGUCUUGACCGACAGUCUCGCCUUGCAGCAGCCGGCGGAGGCGCUCCUCCUGCCGCCGUCGCCCAUCCGAGCCGCGCCUCUGGAGGUGUCCCCGCUGCGGAUGCGCCCUCGACGCCGCCAGAGCUGAGCGCGCGCCCGCGGGGUCUCUAACGUCCCCCGGAGGAAGGGAGGCUGGCGGGUUGAGUCCCAGAGGCGCGCAGCCAUGGCCCGGAGCCCCCCGCGAAGACGAGCAGGGCGAAGAGGAGGAGGAGCUCCCGGCGCCGCGUCGUCCGCUCGCCCGCGGCCGGACACCCCACCUGCCAGGUAGGGUGUUAGGGCGAAGCGCGCCGCGGCGGCGCACGCUCAGCGGAUAGUCUCCUGUGCUCCUAAGGGUCGUCUCCGAGUCCGGAGCCGAGUCGGAAAGGCGCAGGCUGCUCGCCCGACUCUACCUGCUGCUGUAGAGCCUUCCAUCGGCUUCCCCCUCACACGGACUCUGAUUUAUUUAUAUAUCGGAGGGGUUUGGGGGCCGCCAAAUCGCCCCCGGGACAGCUCAACUUGUGCGCGCGCACAUCGAUACCCUUUUUGGAGGGGGAAAGGCGCGCGGCGAAGAGCUUUUUUUUGGCCACGAUCCUGUGCGCGCUUUACUUGGGCGCAGGCCCCUUCGAACUGAAUGGGACUUUCCUUUCCAGUGAGCGGGCGCGGGGUUUGCCGUGGCCGAAAAGGCUGCGAUCCCUGUGCUGGAGCCGAUGGGACGCCGGAGCAAACACCUGCGUAGGAUCGCGCUGCGAACCAGGUGGAACCUUCAUCUUCUCCUAGAGCUGGGUGCUGGGGCCAGGGCUUGCCUGUCUGACAGGCACCUCUGCACUCGAGGGACCAGGAUGUGAGCGGCCUUCAUGGGAUCUUCAAGGCAAGAAUGCUGGCCUUGAGUAUGAGUUGGAUGUUCUUGCAAAGAUCCUGUUGCCUCUUUCCAGUUGGCUCUCUCAAGCCACAGGGUCCCGCCCUCAUGGUAUCCCAGAAGAACUCCACCGUGGCUUCUACAACCUUUCAUCCGCUAUGGAAGGUCAAGCACCUCGGUGGCCCUGGGGCCACGGGAUCCCGUUGUUGCUUUGGACCUUCUUCCAUUUGAAAAAGGGAUUAACACUGAGGUGCUCUUAGGAAGAGCAGAAUUACUGGCAGGGAACGAACGAUGAGUGCCAUCAACGGGGCUGGGGUUCUUGUUGGCCUUACGACAGUGUCAGUUACGCUGGACUUUAGCCUGCACAGUGGACUGAUGGCCUGGCCAGUUAGCCACAAUUUGACUCUGAAUCAGAGUUUGCCGACAUCCGAUCCUCUGAAUGUCUCCGAGGGAGCAGAAGUCUCUCAGGCGUCCAUCAGGGAGAAGAACUGGCCAGCCCUCCUCAUCCUGAUCAUCAUCCUACUGACCAUUGGAGGGAACAUUUUGGUCAUCAUGGCAGUUUCCUUGGAAAAGAAGCUCCAAAAUGCCACAAACUACUUCCUGAUGUCCUUGGCAGUGGCGGACAUGCUGGUGGGCAUCCUCGUCAUGCCAGUGUCCCUCAUCACCGUCCUUUACGAUUAUGCUUGGCCCUUGCCUAAACAAUUGUGUCCCAUCUGGAUUUCCCUAGAUGUCCUCUUUUCUACUGCCUCUAUCAUGCAUCUCUGUGCCAUCUCCCUCGACCGCUAUGUCGCGAUCCGUAACCCCAUCGAGCACAGCCGGUUUAACUCUCGCACCAAGGCAAUAAUGAAAAUUGCUGCUGUGUGGACCAUCUCUAUAGGAAUCUCAUUGCCUAUCCCAGUCAUCGGCCUGCAGGACGAUUCUCGGGUGUUUGUGAAUGGAAGCUGCGUCCUCAACGACGAGAACUUUGUCCUCAUUGGUUCCUUUGUAGCGUUCUUCAUCCCCCUCAUCAUUAUGGUCUUCACCUACUGCCUGACCAUUCAGGUCCUGCAGAAACAGGCAUCAAUAUUCCUGUACGGGGAGGCGCCCAAGCAGAGGAGGAGUAGCAUGAACUGCCUGCGGAAGGAGAACAACACGGAGAACCUCUCCAUGCUUCAGAACCAUGAGGCUGCUUCCCACUUAAACUCCCCCAUCAACAAGGAAGGGGUGCUUUUCCGAAAGGGGACCAUGCAGUCCAUCAACAAUGAGCGGAGAGCCUCCAAGGUUUUAGGGAUUGUCUUCUUCUUGUUUCUUAUCAUGUGGUGCCCGUUUUUCAUCACUAACAUCAUGUCUGUUCUCUGCAAGGAAGCCUGUGAUGAGGAUCUUCUCACAGAGCUCCUGGACGUCUUCGUUUGGGUGGGUUACAUCUGCUCAGGGGUCAACCCCUUGGUGUACACACUAUUCAACAAAAUCUACCGCAGGGCUUUCUCUAACUACAUUCGCUGCCGCUAUGACAGUAGCAAAAAGUCGGCGCAGCGGCACAACCAGUGUCCAAACGUCUCGUCGAUGGCUUUGUACGGGAAAGACCUCAAUUUGAACAGUUACCGCAAUGGCAAUGAACUCAACAGCAUGGAGCUAGACGAGACAGAGGAUGCUUUAGAAAUGCACGUGGGGACCUCAGAGCUCUCGAUCAACAGCUGUAGUGCCGAAAAGACGAGUAGCGUGUAAAAGAACAUGAACAUGGAUUUCACAGUGGCACAGCUACAGACAAUGUAUAUGUUAAUCAAAGAAUGAUGUAAAUAAUGCAUUCCGGACAAAGCAGUCUCUCUCUUUUUUUAUUUAACUUUUCACAUUUGUUACUCAUUUGCUUUCCAUUGUUCCUAAAACAGAAUCUGUAUUUGCUGUUGGAAGCAGAGCAGGCAGGGCCUCUGCAGGAACAGUAGGUACUAGAUCCACAAUGGCAUUUGUUAUUUUGCUUCUAAAAUGUUGAUUUUAUUUUCCUGGUGCAUGAACAAAAUGCUAACUAUUUAUCUCAGGUGGGUUUUUUUUCUUUUUUGGAGUCCUCAGUGGUCCAUUAUGAGUAGCCACAAAUCAAAUAAAGGGAU